AUGAAGAUGAGCUCCGCCAAGAGCGAUAUAGUGGGGCUGGGAUGUCGAACAAGAAACCGUAUUGAGAUCGAUUUGGUGACGCUUAUAGGAAAUAAGGGAGCAAGUAAGAAAUACAUGUGGGGAGGAUUCAGUCACUAUGCGUUUGACCCGGUCUGUGUGAGAUCGAUAAACCUUGUGAUUGAGGUUUUCGUAAUGGGAAUAGAGCUUUUGAGGAGUCACUUCGGGUCCGAAGAUGUCGGGGCGUAUUCAAUAUCGAAGAUUCGAACCUCCCCAUCCCCAGCAGCCGAAAUGAUGUAUCUAUACGAGUAUUCAAGACAAACUCGGGAGUAG